GUAAAAUAUUAUGCCUGCCUACUGAUUGUUAUUUGGAUUUUUUUUAAAAACUACAGCAAGCAUAGCUGACCACCGUCUCAUCAUGUCUACUGAAGCUGAAACUACUACUGUCAACAGCCAGCCUGAGCAACAGGCUCCACCAAAAGCACAACCUUCAAAGAAGGAAAAAAAGAAAGGACCAGAAAAGACAGAUGAAUCUCUCUUGGCCAGAUUCAAAGGUGAUGGUGUAAGAUACAAAGCUAAACUGAUUGGCAUUGAUGAUGUCCCAGAGGCAAGAGGAGACAAAAUGAGUCAGGAUUCAAUGAUGAAGCUGAAGGGAAUGGCAGUGGCAGCCCGUUCUCCGGGUCAACACAAACAGAAGAUAUGGGUGAACAUCUCCCUCUCUGGUAUCAAGAUAAUAGAUGAGAAAACUGGGGUCAUAGAGCAUGAGCAUCCAGUAAACAAGAUCUCCUUUAUUGCUCGGGAUGUAACAGACAAUCGUGCCUUUGGCUAUAUUUGUGGAGGAGAAGGCCAGCACCAAUUUUUUGCCAUAAAAACAGCACAACAGGCUGAGCCUCUAGUUGUUGAUCUUAAGGACCUAUUCCAACUAAUAUAUAAUAUGAAGAAGAAGGAUGAAGAAGACAAGAAAAAGAAUGGUAGUGAAGCACUACCUGCUGAUCAAGCUGACAAAAUGAAACUGGGAGUUGACCAGAUGGAUUUGUUUGGGGAUAUGUCAACACCUCCUGAUAUGAGCAGUCCCACAGAAGCUAAAGAGAUUCUGUUAGUGGAUCUAAAUUCUGAAAUUGAGACCAAACAGACUUUUACAAAAGAGGAUCUCUUCUUGAAUGGCAUCACAACCUCUCUUCCACAACCAAAGCCACAGCCACCCUUCUUGCCUGAGAGUUCUUUCUCUACCAAUCUCAGCUUCUUUCCCACACCUAAUCCAGACCCUUUCAGCGAUGAUCCUUUUGCACAGCCAGACCAAUCUGCACUGUCUUCAUUUGAUUCUUUAAAAUCUGCUGAUCAGAAGAAGGAAGGUCUGAGUACCUUGGCACCAGUGGGUAACGGUGCUUCAAAUGGUGAUAUUGACUACUUUGGUAAACAGUUUGACCAGAUUUCUAAUAGAACUGGCAAACGAGAAGCACUAGCAAGCCAGUGGCCACUCUUGAGAGUAUCAUCUGCAGCAAGAACUCCAAAUGGGGUACCAGAGAGAGAACAGAAUGGCUUUCUUAAAGCCCCGUCAAACCUGUUUGUGGAAGGUCCUUCCAAAGGAGUAUCUCUGCAGAAUGGAGUAAAGCUGGAUUCUGAAAGUAGUAUCCAGCUCAUGUCACAUGAAUCUAUAACAAUUAGCCCACCACCACAAAGUACCAAGCCAGGAAGAGGAAGGAGGUCUGUCAAGACUGCAUCGAAUGACUUAUUUAGCUCAGACUUCUUUGUGCCGAUUACAGAGAGCCUUAGCUUGACCUCAGUGGCACAAACAGGACCUGUGCCAACUAAUCCACUGGACCUCUUCAAACCAAGUUCUACCACAGCACCUCCCUUGGCUGGUCUAGGUGGCUUGCCGGUAACUUCAUCACCAUGGAGUGCGCAGACACCUGCCUUCACUCAGGCUGCAUCGGUCUUUCCUGGAUCUAUGAUGCCUGCUCAGACUACAGGAUUUACUCAACCACUUGCCUUUGGUACUCAAGCAGUGCCAAGCUGGAACCAGCCUGCAUCUUUUGGUCCAGCAGCCCCUCAGCCCUCUGGUCUCUGGGCACAGGCAGCACAAGUUCCAUCUAGUUCAUGGGCACAGCCAUCCAGUUCUGUAAAUCCCUUCCAGAGUAGUGUGUUCCCACCUUCAACACUACCUGCUCAGAUGCCAUCUGUACUGCCCUCCAUGUCAACAACAACUAGCCCACCUCAGCCACCACCUAGAACUGCACCUCAGAAAGAGCUGUCCAAGAAAGAGAGUGAUGCUUUUAUUGCUCUGGAUCCACUUGGUGAUAAAGAGAUGAAGGAUGUCAAGGAAAUGUUUAAAGACUUCCAGCUGACAAAGCCACCUGCAGUACCAGCAAGGAGAGGAGAGCAGCAAAGCCUUUCAGAACCACCAAAGCCUGUUCCCCGACAAAGUGUGCUGCCAGCUGAUGGCCUGUUUGAAAGUCAAGCUAAAACAGACCUUUUCAGUGCCUCAUCUAAGGAAUCUCAGAAACCACCUUCUGAUCCUUUUGGUGAUCCUUUUGGCAAUCCAUUUGCAUAG